AUGAGGGGGGCUUCGCCUCCCACACACUGGGAAGAGCAUGUAGAUCCAGCUUCCGGGAAGAAGUUUUACUUCAAUCCUGCCACCAAUGAGACUAGCUGGACAAAACCCCCCUCUCGAGCAGCGGGCUACCCAUCUGCAAAGAAAUCGGAUGGGUGGACGGAACAUAGAGACCCUGCAAGUGGGAAGAUGUUCUACUUCAAUGCUGAAACCAAAGAAACCAGCUGGCAAAAGCCAGCUCAACACGGCUCAAACGGCCUACCCUCAUAUCCCUCCAAGCCAGACCACUCAGAUCCAUGGACUGAGCAUGUGGACCCAGACUCCGGGAGAACCUUUUACUACAACAGUUUGACCAAGGAAUCUGCAUGGUUGAGACCAGGUCGCGAGUCACCUGAUCAUCGAAGCCUCGGAUACCAGAAGCCCACAGCUCCCGUGGUCAAGAAGCCACUGCCACCUCCCAUGGCCCCAAGUGCCCCAAGUGCUCCAGGUGCCCCAAGCACGCCAAGUGCUCCUCCGCCUCCUGCACCACCUGGAAGAGCUGCCUCCAGCCCUGUGCCCCCACCCCCGACCCGAUGGGAGGAGCAUGUGGAUCCUGGCUCUGGCCGUCGAUUUUUUUUCAAUCCGGUCACUCAGGAAAGCAGCUGGACCAAACCCGGUUCACCAACUUCCUGCCCAUGCCCACCUGCUUCUCCCACGAAAAGGUCUGAUGGCUGGACUGAGCACCGAGAUCCAGCCAGUGGGAAAGUCUACUACUUCAAUGUUGAGACCAAGGAGACCAGCUGGCAUAAGCCGGUGGAUGCAAAGAGCGAGUGGACAGAGCAUGUGGAUGAUUCUGGGCGGACUUUCUACUACAACAGCCAGACCAAAGAGUCUUCCUGGUCCAAGCCAGCGGCUGUAGCAAAGGAAACAGGUGAUUGGGAAGAGCAUGCAGAUCACACCACAGGUCAGAAGUUCUACUUCAACCGCAGCACUGGGCAGAGUUCCUGGGAGAAGCCCAGGGCAUCUUCGAGCAGCGAGCUCCUUUUGCUCCUGUGCUUCGACUUCGACUGCACCAUUGCCGCUAUCCAUGUCUUCGAGGAGCUUUGCCGACGGGGCGGCUUCGAUGGCCCCUCACAGAAAGCAAAGCUGGAGAUUCAGUGUCGGGAAGAGCCUGAAUUUCCAUCCCGGCAGACGCCUCAGAGGAAGGUGAUCGUGAUAACGACGGGUUUCGGCUCAGUGGUGGAUGCAGCCCUGGCCAAGGGCGGGCUGCGAAAGUUCUUCGCAGAGGUCAUUGGCAGAGAGCAUCCGCUGUCCGAGGCAAAGCAAGGAAGGAAGGAUCGCAUCAUCGAGGAGCUCCGCCGGCGCGAAAAUCUUUCUGCAUGGCAGGUGCUGUUUGUCGAUGAUGACCCAGGAAACGUGUCUUCGCCAGAUUCAGCGCAUGCUUACCAUGCGGUUCUUGAGGUUGUUGUGUUCGACGUCUGCUGUUGCUACCGCUGA